AAGGACGCUCUUAUUGCAUUCUUGGAAGGGGCGGGUCUUUGUGUGUUCCUGCUACAGGGAUACCAAGAUGGAAAUUCAGGGGCUUUUUGCAGCCCAAAACAUACAACAUCAACAACAUGGCGUCUCUUGUCGGCCAGAACAGCCUCAGCACAAUUCAGUGGCCGACAAAGUCGGCCAACCUAAAUUGGCUGAAACUGAAGAGGACCGGGCGACUAAACCGGAUCUUUGUGAUCAAGAGUACAGCAGCAAACGAGCCAGGCCGUCACCAUUUCGUCUACAGGCAGAAAAUGGACGCGGCAGUGUCCCUAGUCACAAAAACAGCCGUGUUAACAACACAUCGAUGCUGAGUUAUGCGGCGAUUGGGCUCCGUAACGUAAAUAAUGUACCUGUUGUCGAUGCCAAAGAUCACGGUGGACGGGAAACGGGAUCGAAGGGCGAUAUUGAAAGCGACGAAAGCGGGUUGCAGUCGGCAUUUCCCGUCUUUCUUAUAGAGCGCAGGCAUCCAGAGCAACAGCAGCUUCAACUACAGCUGCAAGAUGGCGCCCUCCAGAUGAGCACACAAGCUAGGGAGGAUGCAGCAGUUUUGAAUCUCAAAAGCAAGGAAAACGAAGGAUUUUACGUGGUAUUCAACAUUGUUCGGGAGGGUGAACCCAAUUGCAAGGAAAGCAGCACCCAAGCUUCGUUAGCCGGUGGAGGUGCAAAGGAGUAUAACGCAGUUGACCAUGGCAACAUCAAAAAGCCCAAAGACGCAAUAGUGGAACAUCAUCUUUUAAACUUAGAGGAAAAAGUGCCCACUCUAGACGAGAGUGAGCAGGUGGAUCGUCAGACCGCAGCGACUUUAGGUUUACCGAAACAGGCGUGUUUAUCUGCCAAUUGCGAAUCUAUUGAAAACAAUAAUAUGAUGCAUGUUAUAGAGUUUAAUAAUAGCAAUAGCGAUGCGUACCAUGACCCGGACAAGAACAUAAACAGAAACCCCAUUGACAACAUGGUCGAACUCCAGCAGAAGCUAAGCGGGACCCGUGGGCUAAGUUUCGAACCCCCUGCUUCUCCUGAAACCAUUCAGAUAAAUACUCGUCAAGCAUGUAUUGAAACCAGAUUGUCUGAAUCGACCAGUCAGAAUAACGGUGGUGGCAAUUCGUCUGGCGAGACGUUUUCAGGUACGAUAACAAUAAACAACCAGAGUGUUAUAGUCACUAUAGAGAACGGGGUGUUAACCCUGGCAGCGCCGCUGGGUAAUAGCAAUCGGAAGGAAGACGCAGUUGCUGCGUUAAAGGAACACCUCGGGGUGAAAGAUAAUCAAGAAAUCGUCCUGAUAAACUGCGAGAGUGCCACUAAAACAACGACCGAGAAAAGUGUCAACAAAAGCAAAAAGUGUAGUGCAGCUGUUAGCUCAUCUGGGCAGACAGAGGAAGCUUUUCCCGGACUGCGAUUGAGUGAUUCUGGAUUACAUCUGAACAAGGAUUUGUAUUUCACAGACACCAGUUCCAAUAUAGAUUUAGGUGCAUAUAACAAAGAGCCUAAAGACGAUGGCCUGUGUUUAGACGCGGCGGAUAUUGUUUGCCCAGAGUCCAGAGAUGGGCAACCAAAUAGUUUUAUUAUCACAGACAGUGGGGAGCUCCAGAUGAAACUCGGCGAUGGUAUAGCAAUGAUGUCCAGGAGGGGAGUAAUGGUUGUGUACCAUUGCUCCCAGGUUGACUGUAACGAAACCUUUGACACAAAACACAAACUGAAGAUACAUUUGCUGUCUCACACCGAGGACCAGAGGCCCUUUAAGUGCACUGUGGAAGGUUGUGGGUGGUCCUUCACGACCUCUUACAAACUCAAGCGGCACCUGCAGUCCCACGACAAGGUGCGACCCUUUGCCUGCGAAUGGGAGAACUGUGGGAGAAAGUUCACGACUGUUUACAAUUUGAAAGCCCAUAUUAAAGCCCACGAACAGGAUAAUACAUUUGUGUGCGGCGUCUGCAACGAGCGCUUUCGUACGGGGACCAAGCUGAACAUUCAUCAGAGAACUCAUUUUGAACCUGAGCGUCCGUUUAAGUGUGAAUUUCCAGGUUGCGAAAAGACCUUCAUUACCUUUAGUGCGUUGUUUUCUCACAAUCGUGCGCACUUCCGAGAAACGGACCAGUUCUCUUGUUCCUACCCGGGUUGUGACAAGCGGUAUGACAAAGCCUGCCGCCUGAAAAUUCACAUGAGGAGCCACACAGGUGAAAGACCUUUCGUCUGUGACUCUGAAGGCUGUGGAUGGACCUUUACCAGCAUGUCGAAGUUGCUAAGACACAAAAGGAAGCAUGAUGAUGACCGCCGAUUCACCUGUAAGGAAGAGGGCUGUGGGAAGUCAUUCACCAGAGCAGAACACUUGAAGGGACACAGCAUCACUCACCUGGGAACAAAGCCCUUUGAAUGCAGCGUCGAAGGUUGCUGCGCUAAGUUCUCCGCAAGGAGCAGCCUGUACAUCCAUUCCAAAAAACACCUGCAGGAUGGGGAGACGUUAAAAAGUCACUGCCCCAUUUCCAGCUGCAGUAAGCAGUUCACCUCCAAAAGCAGCAUGAAGACUCACAUGGUGAAGCAUCACAACUUCAGUCCUGAUCUCCUGAGCCAGCUGGAGAUAACCAGCUCCUUAACCCCCAGCAAUGAGCUGACAAGCUCGGGCCAGGGAGACCUUGGCAACAUAGACAUCACUUCUCUCUUUUCCAGCAUGCCCGCCAGCACCCCGGGCAUCGCCAUGGACAUGUCCCUGGUAAACUCUGGCAUGCUGACCAUCGACGCUGCCUCAGUGGGGGCCACCCUUGGGGGAGGUAUCUCUGUCAACAACAGCUCCCUAACCCAAACCGUAGACUCACUAAUCCUGGCAGCGGGCACAGACGUCACUCAUGGCCUGGAUAGCUCCUUGGCACUAGUCAGCAGUAGUACAGUUCUGCAGCAAGGGACUCUGAACCUAGACGAUGUGCAGACUGUCAACCCCGAAGCCCUGGGUUCACUUGCUGCCCUCUCCAUGAGGACCCCCAGCCAGGAACCCCUGCACGGGCUGACCAUCGACACAGCCACUCUGACCCCCUCCAGCAGCCUGGGGGUUAGCCAUGUUGCCGAGCUCCUGACUCCCACCAAGGUGGAACGCUCCCUGCUGGCCAGCUCGGACGUGAUCGGGCAGCAGGAGGGCAGCAAGGUUGUGACGCAGUUUGUCUUCUCCAAUCCGACGGGCAGCUAUAGCGCACAGAAAGAACUGGAGCUCAACACUAUGUCCGGCUGCUCCUUUCUGGAGAGUGGAGGCUCCGCCAGGACGGACUACAGGGCCAUCCAGCUUGCCAAGAAGAAAAAGAAGCAGAAAGGGUCCAGCAGCCCAGGUGGUUCCAGUUCAAACCAGAGGAUAACUAAAAUCAUCAAAGGAAGCUGCGCCCCAGCAGCCACGCCCAACCCCAGCAGCAGGUUCAGUGGAGGGAUGGUGUCACCAAACAGCGGGCUGACUAUGAGAGACCCGGCCACAGGAGCACAGUAUGUCCAGAUACAGUUGUUACAGGAUGAUCCCCCAGGAGAUGGAGACCUGGCUUUCCAGCUCAGCUCCCAGUCUUCAAGCUCCCUGCCAGUUAACAUCCUUCAGGAACCUCACACUUCAACUGAAGAUGAUGCCGGAUCCGAUAACUCCCAGUUCACCGGAAGUACAAUAAACCUCCAAGAUCUAGAAUAACCCACCUCUCUCUUGGGAAAGUAGACUAUGCUUGUGUGUAUUGACAACGAAAUGUUGAAUUUGGAAUUGGCUUUUUUAAAAGACUGCACAUUUUCACAUACACAGUUUUUGUAUUUGGAAAACGAACCUGCUGGUAAUCGAUUGUGUAAUCUAAAACUAGGUUUGAAUAAAACCUAUAAGGUUUGGAAACUACCUGAAACAUGGAACAGAAUUCCACUUUGCUGCUUUCCUUCAGAAAACACAGGCUUUUAACCACUAGUGCUUACAACAGAAACAUACAAUCAGUUCUCUCUUGUAUAGAAUGAGUUUAAAACUUACUUAUACUAUAAGCCUGUCCGGAAUGGUACGUUGCUUAUUAGAUAUGACUUAGCCAUUGUUUUAUCUGCUAAAUAUUAUAUCUGUUGCUCUUUUUUAUUAUGAAAUUGUUCAGGCAAGAUGUUUACU